AUGCCUCCAGAAUGCUCAGUUUAUACGGGAGAACUGCAUGCCAUAGCGGAAGCGAUUAAACUCUCUACAAACCUCAACGCUAAAGAUUCGGUAAUAUUCACUGACUCCCUGAGCUCCUUACAGAGCAUUAAACAGCCCUACCCAAAACAUCCCAUACUGAAGAACAUCAAGACACAAUUAUAUGAGAUGAGACUUCAAGGAAAAAAUAUCGAGCUGGUGUGGAUCCCAUCCCGUAUAGGCAUUCCUGGUAAUGAAAAGGCCGACGUGGCUGCAAAAGAGGCCAGUGUAGACCCAUCUGCCAAAAUUAUAUCAAAAAUACCAUAUACAGACAUGAAGCCCGUUAUUAAAAC